AGAGGUGCAGAAGUUUCUUUCUCUGGAGUCACUGCCUGGGAUCCAUCUGAGCACACUGCCAACCACAGCAGAGCUGUUCUCACAGGAUUCCUUUAGGAGCAGAUUCAGGAUGAGUGUCCAGAACCCCCUGAGACUCCUGAACCUCACAGGAAAGAGCCUACUAGCCAAUGAGGCCUUGGCAAUUUCUGCUCUGGAGUAUCUGCCCAUCGAGCUCUUCCCCCCGCUCUUCAUGGAAGCAUUCUGUGGAAGACACAGAAAGACCUUAAAGGCCUUGGUGCAAGCCUGGCCCUUUGUCCGCUUGCCUCUGGGAGGCCUGGUGCAGACACCUCAUUUGGGAACCUUACAAGCAGUCCUGGAUGGCCUUGAUGUCCUGCUUGCACAGAAGGAUCAGCCCAGGAGGUGCAAAUUGCAGGUGCUGGAUUUAAGGAAUUCUGGCCAGGACUUCUGGAGAAUGUGGUCUGGAUCCAAGAUCCAUGUGUCUUCAAGCUCAUCAAUGGCACCAGGGGUUGUGGACAGUUUGAGGGCCGAGAAGCCCUUGAUUCCCUUCGAGGUGUUCAUAGAACUUCACCUCAAGGAAAGGAGCAUGGAUGGAUUCCUCACCUACCUCCUAAAGUGGGUGGAGGAGAGAAAAGCUUCCAUACACCUGUGCUGUAAGAAACUAAGCAUUCUUUCAUUUCCCAUGGAAAAUAUUAUGAAGGUGCUGAGCAUGGUGCGACUGGACUGUAUCCAGGAGGUACAUGUGAAUUGCACCUGGUAUUUGCCCACCCUGGCCAUGUUUGCUCCUCUCCUGGGCCAGAUAAGCAAAGUGCAGAGACUCCUCAUCUCCCACAUUCACCCGCCAGCUCCCAGGGAGCAGGACAAGCAGCACAUUGUCAAAAUUACAUCUCAGUUCCUGAGGCUGCACCACCUCCAGGAUCUUCAUCUGGAAUCCCCCUUCUACCUUGAAGGCUGCCUGGACCAGAUGCUCAGGUGCCUGAUGACCCCCUUGGACACCCUUGCGAUAACUCGCUGCCUCCUUACAGAUUCAGACCUGACCCAUCUGUCCCAGAGCCCGAAAGUUAGUCAGCUAAAGGGCCUGAAUCUGAGUGGUGUUAUGAUGACCUACUCUAGUCCUGAGCUCCUCCCAGCUCUGCUGGAGAAAGUUUCAGCCACUCUCCAGGAGCUGUACCUAGAGCAAUGUGGGAUCAAGGACUUCCACCUGGAAUUCCCUCUGUCAGCCCUGAGCCUCUGCAUCCACCUCACAUCCUUUAGUCUGCGUGGAAACUUCUUCUCCAUGGCCACAAUGGAGAAGAUGCUGCAACACACCUCUGGACUGCCCAGUUUAAGUGGAGAGCUGUACACUGCCCCUCAGGAGAGUUUCAGCUCUCAGGGAAUCCUCCAACCAAGUAGACUUGCCCAGUGUCGGACUGGACUGCUGGAGAUUCUGAAGGACUUGGGACGUCCCAGGACCAUCUGGAUUUGCUUCACCCCCUGUCCACACUGUGGAGAUAACACAUUCUGUCAACCUGAGCCCAUCAUAUACAGCAAUAAAACCCUUACCUAGUUGGGUGCAUCAGUGAAAAUCUUUCUUCUGAGUACUUGGGAACUGAAAUCUAGGACAAAGUACAUUGUGAAGGGAAAACAGACCCUUGGUGUCAGACAUCUUCUCAAUGUGAAUGUGAAAAGGAAAUGUGAUCUUUCAGGGAGCAAGAUUGCAGGGGGAAAUGUAGUCUCUGUGGUAAUGGAAUAUUUGUGGACAUGUGUCCUGUAGAGUCAGAAAUAGGAACCUAAAUUUCUUUAGGUGGAUUUGAGGUUGAGACUCACAUGUUGAAGCUAUCCCUGGGUAGAUAGUUAUAAAUAAAUUGUCAGAAAUAAAGAGACCCUCACUGUAAGGCUA